AUGUUCGCAUCUUUUCAGAUGAAGUCUGAAGUGAUGAAAGAAUGCAGAGCAAAGCACCCCUCUGAGACAAAUGUCUUCCAAGAGACGCACCCCAUUCUUAUACCUGUUGCGAACAUAUAUCUUAAUUCAUAUCCCACAUGGAUUAAACUUGUGUUUAUAUUCUUUAUAAAUAUUUACGUGCAGCACUCGCUCUAUUCAUCGAGUAGAGUUUGCAGGUCAUUAUAUUCUUCUAGUUUAAUAUCUUUCAGUUUGCAACCUGAUCACAAUUCCUGCAACGUUCGCUGGCCAAUUUUUGUUGCCAUGGGUCAAGGUGUUUCAGGGAUUUCGAGAUCAUAUUCGGCUUCACCCGCAACUCACUACACUUUAAAAUUAGAGUCGUUUUCAAUGCUAAAAGAACUUCCAGAGGAUCAUAGAUGUGAAUCGGACGAGUUUGAAGCUGGAGGAUACAAAUGGAAACUGGUGGUCUUCCCAUAUGGAAACAAGAAGAAAAAUGUGGGACACCACAUCUCUAUCAACUUGGAAAUGGCUCGAACAGAUUCACUUCAGCCUGACUGGGAAGUAUAUGUUGAUUUCAGAGUGUAUUUGCUUGAUCAGGAAAAGGGAACCUACGUGGUUUUUCAAGAUGAUAAGAUAAUGCAAAAGUGCCUUCAUGGGGUGGCGCCUGAUGUGGGUUUUAAUAAACUUAUCUCCCUUAAAGAACUUACUGAUGCCUCCAAUGGAUAUGUCAUUAAUGACACCUGUGUGUUUGGAGCGGAGGUCUUUGUUCGUAAAGAAAGAAGAGCAGGCAAGGGAACGUGCAUAUCAAUGAUCAAGAAUGCUGCAAAGUACACGGAUGUUUGGAAGAUUAAGAAAUUUUCAAAGUUAAAAGAUGAAUGCUAUUACUCCAAACCAUUCACCGCAGGGAACCAGAGAUGGAAGAUAGUGAUAUAUCCCAAGGGAAAUAGUACUUCAAAGGGUAAUUUUUGGUUCAGCGCUUCCCAAAGGAGUUGGGGUCGGGCGUCAUUCAUCACACUGGUCACUUUGAAUGAGGCAGACGAAGGCUUUUUGAUGAACAAUACUUGCAUAGUGGAGGCAGACGUCACCGUCGUUGCACUUGCUAAAGCACUAUAGUCAACUGGGCGGAAAAUUAAAACUCGAUCCGGGGGAUGUAUUUAUGCUAUUAUUUUGAUGGCAUUGGUCGACAAUGACUUGAAGCUAUUCAUCAUUCUUAAUAAAUGUGAUUGAGGAAAAAAAGAUACAUUAUUUGCCUAUUAUUUUGAUGUCACGCA